CAGAGUCGUAUUGACUGGUCGAAAGUAGCCACUGUGCUUGUAUGAGUGCAUUCGCUUUGAGUGAUUUUCAAAUGCAGCCCAAGUGUAACGCUGUGUGACUUUGUGCUUUAGUCAAACGUUAGUUGAGUGCUAAUUCGUUGUUGGUGAUGUUCAUAAUAAAACGUUGCGGGUGAUUUUUUCGUUUGUGAACGGCGCUGCAUUGGCAUUUCUUUGCAUCCACCAAAUCGAACAAAAUGUUUUUCCAAUUGUUUGUAGUGUUUAAAUCUUUCGGUGAAUUGCAAAACUGAAAUAAUUUCCUAAAACAAAAUUCGUCCAAUUUUUUGUGUAUAUUUGUUGUUAUUUUUAUUGUGAACGCGUGUAUUAUCUAUUGAAAUAUUAGCAAGAGUGGCUGGAAGUGUGUGCAAAUGCAAACAAAUCAAUUAGCACAUCCAAUACAGAACGAAAUACGUAAAAAUACAUACAUACAAACAUAUUUAUGUACUUGCGCGUGUGCGUUAUAAUAUAAAGUGUGCGCGGUGUAAACAGUGGAAAACAAAGUGUGAAUUUGUGCGAAUAACUGUGCCAAAGCGUAGGCAAAUUUUUAUUAAAACAUAAAUCUUGUAGGAAGAUGUGUUUUGCUGUUGUUUUUUUGAUUCUUCGCUCGGAAGCCGUUACAACUAUGAAGCGUGAAUUUUUGUGCGGUACUUCAGAAAGUGGCCAAGGUGUCCAAAGUGUCGGCUGUUGCUGAAUGACAUUCCGAUUGGUUGCUGCUGCUGCUGCGCUGCUAUCGAGCAGAUAAACGACCCUCAGGGUAAACAUUAAAUUGAAGUGGAAAGUGAAAUUUGUUUAUUGAAAGCCAAAAAUAAUAACCCGACAAUUUAUGCGCUAGCCCAAAGCAAACACAAAAGAAAAACAAAAAAAAAACAGCAAAUAUUUUGAGUACCGGUGUACUUGCAUUAAUGACACAGCAACAACAACGAGUGUAAAAUAAACACUAAUAAAAACUGUAACAGCUGUCAGAGCAAUUGCAACGCCGAACGCCACCAAAACCGAAAAAGCCAACAAAAAUUACAACAACAAACAAUUGCUGUUUGCGCGCGCAAUUUGCAUGAUUGUUGCAACACCUUGACAAAAACAAACACGGUAAACAAAGCGAGAAAAUAUUAUGCCCAGUAAUACACAUAAACAGGCCAACAUAAAGUAACAACCAAAAAGCCGUUAGUGUUUUAGAUAAAAGAUAUUGCAUUUGCGACUUUUUUCCUUUCGCCAAUUUCGCCAACUUGUGUUAUUACAAUUUUUUGUUGAGGUGCCACCACCAAUUGCCGGUGAGGGCCACACUUUGCUGCAACAAAUAAGGGUGUUGAACGUUGCCGGUCAACACAACAGCAACUAACAACAAAUAACGGCAAACUGCAAACAACAAACUGCAAACUGCGGACAGCAAAUAACUACACGCCUGUCUGCCGUGGUGCCUGCAAGCGUUGCAACUGCAACACUAACAACAACAAAUAGCAAAAAUAAUGACAACAACCAAACAGGCUGACAUCAAUACAAACACCACAACCGCCAACGAAGUUGCCAGUCACGUUGCAGUCGUUGGUGCCACCGGCAUCGGCACUGGCACUGGCAACGGCAACGCCAUUGUUGUUGCCACCGAUGUUGACAACGGUAUGGGAUCGCCGUUGACGCCGUCAAAUAGAAACUCGAAUGGGCAUACGAACCACACAAAUAAUUUCUACAGUAAUUCAUCGAAUUCAAAUUCAAAUAUUGCCAAUAAUGGCAGCACAACAACUACAACAACAGCAGCAGCAAACAACAACCAGCGUGUUAUGAACGAGUCGAAUAAACGCAAGAAAUUGAAAUCACGCACAGCAACUGUACCUAGUGGUGGCGGUCAAGAUCAUGACCAUGCCGAGAACUAUAUCAAGGAUCACUUAGAUGCUUGGUUGGAGACUUGUCUCAAGGAUGCCUCCAAUGCACAGUUAUCCUCCUCAUCAGAGUUCUUAGAUUAUAAUCCAACGCCUACGGGAACUGGUGGUGGUGGCGGCGGUGGCGGUAUUAGUGCAACAAAUGCGCCAAAAAGCCUACAACAACAAAUGCAGCAACUUCGUCAACAAAGGCAGCAGCAACAGCGUGAGCAACCGCAGCAACAACAGAAUCAAGCGUAUUUGUCCAAUAACAGCUUGAACAACGCGAAUCAACAGCCCCCAUUUUCGUAUGCGCAACAACAACAACAUUCUCCACAAAUGCAACAACAGCAAUUUGGUUUACGUUCGGGUCCAAUGUCAUUUUCCGGCGGUUAUACGGGCGGUAAUAGUGGACUCUGCAGCCAAGGUUUUCAAAGGAAUGUGCCAAAUUACAUGAAACAAUCCCACUUCAUUAACCGCUACUCCAUGAUGUUCCCACAAAGCGGCAUGGGAUCCGGUCCCGGUGGCUAUUAUCAACAAACCGAUGCCCAAGACUUCGCUAGCCUGCCACCCAUAGUAAAUAUGAUGGGCGGAUCAUCGGAAAUGGAAAAUAACUCAACAGAUGUGCUGGAUGGCAGUGGCAGCAACCCGAAUAUUAGUAGAGGUUUCCGUUUCAGCGAUCCCUGCCUGCUGAAUCCGUCCGACAAUGACUCGAAAGUGAGUGGCCAAAAUACACCCGAUCGUCGCAAUCAAUUAUCGAGCGAUUUGGAGAAUAACAAAUUCUUCGCUGCUUUAAUGGAACAGAUUAAUCUAUUGCACGAAACUAAUACGAAAAUUUGCCGAAAUCUACACGAAACAAAAGUUGAUAUUGAAGCUUUAAAGCACGCACCCAAUUGGGGUUUGAGACACCGUAGAGAUAGCUUGAGUGGAUUGAGUACGCACAGUCAGCCCAUGGUAUUUGGCGGUGGAUUUGGUGGUAUGCAAAGUCCAGCGCCAACUUAUCAUUCAGGCGCAUACACUCCAGGUAUGAUGACCGACGUUGUUCGUGAGGUGAAAGAGGCCGCACGUGUGCGCGAAGAUGCGCUAUUAAAUCGGGUAAAAGCGAUGGUCGAAGAGCGCCAAUGGUCGUUUAAUGAGAGCAACUUGCGCAUGAUGCGCGACAUUGAAGAGCUAAAGUCUCAAGUCCAUCAUCUGCGCGCCGACCGAAAAGAGUCCAACAAGCGCAUUACACACCUCGAGGCGGAGAACAAGUAUAUGCGUCAAAUGCUAACCAAUCUCUUUAAUCAACGCAACGCAACGCAACCUGACAUCAUCUACGAGAAUGAAACGUUGCGUACUCAACGCAAAUCCUUUCCAACAGCGCCGGCACGACGCUCACAAUCGAUGAAUCUGCAUUACGGCACCAUACACCAUCAACCGCCGACCGUUGCGCUCACCGUGGAUGAGCAGGACGAGCGCUUGCAUAUUGUCGAGGCGGCCACGCAACGUGCCACCGCCGCGGACAUGGUGACCGUAAGUGAUAGACGCACUACAGAGUUGCGCAGCUCGUUCUCUAGCUCGGAUGGUGGCGGUAGCGUGGGAACAGGUAGUUGUGGUGGUGGUGGUGUUGGCACCGGUGCUGCUGUGCGUAAUAGUGGCAGCAGUGGUGCCAGUGGCGUAGGCAUUUGUACAGUAACACCUUUGCCUAACGGUAACGCCGCAAUGGUCAGCGGUCAACAGCUGAUGUCGCCGCCCAAUUUUGCGCUGAUAUCAACAACGGUCGAGGAAGAUGGGGUGAAACUACGCAAAAAGAAGGGCAGAAAAGUGCCCCAGAUCGAUGGCUCGAAGCGUAACGGUGAAUGUCACGAGGAAGUGAGUGCCACUGCAGGCAUUGCUGCACACGCUGAUGAGGAUGCCGGCAAUGAAGCGGACGAUGAUAGCAAACUGUCGACACAGGAGCUGCAGCAGGAGUUGCAGGAUGCGGUGGCAGCGCGUAAGGAGGCCGAUAAUCGUGUCAUUGCGCUUGAGAAUAUGGUAAAAACACUACGUUUAAAUUUCAACAAAGCCAACAAUGCGACCAACAACAUUGCAUCCCAUUAUCCCAACGCAAGUGUUGCAUAUAAUCUAACUAACGGUACAGGUAGUACUGGUAAUGGUAUUGUUGCAAAUCCUAUCGUUGGUGGCUACACUUAUAACAUUAACCCCUGCACCACCAACAAUUCAACAACCGCAUUACCAUCAGCACACUCAUCAACAAUGUCACCGACAUCGGCAGCGGUGAUCAUGCCACAUCAAAAGCAACAUAAAGCACAUACAAUCGCCUCGGCGAGCAGCAGCAUCGGUUGUGUUGGACAAUCGCCAACCAAAUUGAGCGUUGCUGGACCCAUAACGGACUUAUAGUUUUAGCUGACGGCCACCAAGCGACGUGUGCGUGUCACGCAUUUCUGACUACAGCAGCGGCGGCAUGCCACAUACCAAUGCGCACGCCUGCACACACACCAUUGCCAGUGUGCGCGAGCGGGGAGCAGGCGUCGGCGGUGAAUGCCGACAAUGAACGAAACUCGAAAAUUAUUUUACGAAACACACUCGAAUACAUACGAAGUUUUGACGACUUCACUCACGAACGUCCAUAACGUCAUAGUUUUUUGAAAUUUUUUUGAAAAAUAAGUAUACUUAUAAUUGUUAUUAACACUCGUUAACGCAUUCGCAUUUGCAUUUUUUGUGUACGUGUUAGUGUGUAAUUCGUCCAUAUGUAUACGUAUGUAUGUGUAGUUUGUGCUUUAUUUUUUAUUUUCUUUUUGCAUUUGGAAAAUCGUGCAUAAUAAUUAUUACAUUACUGCAGAUUGUAUUUACCCAAGUAGUU